CUGGAAUAGAUUCUGAUACAGAAUGGCCCAAACACCUCGUAUUUUCGGUUCACUUUCUAGUUUUCAGCUUAUUUCCGCCAAAUCCAGUCGUCGGACAGUUAAAUUUGCUCUCGCCUUUUUUCAGAUUAUAAAAUUCUGAAUAAAAUGAAAUCACUUGGAGCUCUUUAUAUAUUGACAAACUUAGAUUUCAGAGCUCCUCUACAUAAAUUUUUGAACAUUGACCUGUUAAUACGAUUGUUAUCAGAAAUUAUACUAAAAACGUUGCAUCCUGAUUCAGUCAACAACUCUAAGAUUUGUAGAGUGAGAUCAUAUAACUGAUCUCCUGUUAAAUUUUUACAAGGAGAUAAGCCUACAACAUAACAGAGAGGAUACCAUGAAUGUUUGUAUAGUUGUUGCUAAAUUGCAUGAAUUUUCAUUUGAUUGAACAGCUAAACCUUCGAAUUUUCGACCUUUAUAAUAUGUUAUUUCGGGCUUGACAUAGAUUUAGUCAAUCCACAAUAUUACUUUUGUGUAUAGCUGGAAGCCAUAUUUCAGCCCCAUUUAAGUCCUUGGGGAACGAAAAUACUGAUACCUUAGAUAAUCUAUCAUAAUUGCUUCUAAAGCCUGGUACACAUCAUAUAUAAGGCAUGCAUGAUUAACUGCACUGCACAUAAUCACCGAUGCAUUACCCACAUGAGCUAACGCUUGGAACUGAGCGAGUCGAUGCUAUUUUAGUUCAUAAGGAGUUCAAAAAUUCAAUUGGGGUAGUAUCAAUUAUUAAAUGGAGGUUUCAACGUAUCUAUUUCAGUGGGGGAAUACGGGAAUCCCCGGGACACAGUCCGACAAGUCUUGUGACGUACCAUUACCCAAAGUGGUAGGGGAAGAGCACGGCCAGUUCAUCUAGAGUGUCCUUGCUUGAAUGGUUCUGAUGGCGUGAUGACAAUUUUCACCUAACACGGUUCUCCCAUUUAUGCUAAUGUGGAGGAAAUCUAAGUAAUCUAAGUAGACUAAUCUAAGUAGUGUUUUUUGUAAUUAGUAUUGUAUCCUAAUUCAGUAGUGGAGGAAGUAGUGUGUUUAGUUCGGUUCAGAGGUCACAUGUAAUAAUUAUUUUCUAUACAGUACCUAAUGGCAUUAAGGGAGAUUCCCGGGGUACGUCGUGGUGCGAUACUUUUCACUUGCAACGAUGGUUUCUAUUACCAGUAUAUUAGCAUAUCAAGGGUGAAAACACAUUACCGUUGCUACUUAAACACGUGUAGAGCUAGGAUUUGGGUUGAACAUAGAAGUAAAAACAUUACAAAUAAUGAAAAUUUCCCUUGCCAUAAUCACAGCCCAGAUCCUCUGCUAGAAGCUAAGCAUGUGCUACGAGAAGCAAUAUUUCAGCUGGCCGAACGUGAAUCAACACAGCUGAAAAGGAUUUUUGACGAGGAGUGCAAUAAAGUUUCCAGUAAAGUAGCCCAGAGUUUGGCCUUUGGAACAAUCGAAUCAUCGAUGCGGAAAUGUAGAAAAUUGAAUUUUCCGAGACUUCCAACUUCUGCCAUAGAUUUUGCUGAUAUGUUGAAGGCAGAGGAGUGGGCUAGAUUCUCAGAAACCCUAGAUGGGAAAAAUUUUUUCAUCGACAACAUUGUAGUUGGAGGGUGGAGCAGCUUGGUAUUUGUCUCCGAAAAUACCAAACACCUCCUAUCAACGGCUGAAGAACUUUUUUUUGAUGGCACUUUUAAAACAGUGCCGUCAGUUCCAGGUCUUGCACAGCUGUUCAUCGUAAAUGCUGUAGCUUUCGACCAUGUAAGUACACGCUAUCAAGACUUCAACUUUGGCCCGUUUUUAACCCUCAUAGCGCCCUUGGAAAACUUAAUAGGUGCGCCCCCCUCUCAUUAAGUUUGGUUUCAUACCCUAGAAAGACAACAGGGGUCACGCGUAUAUUUACUGUUGUUACCUUGACUGCAGUAAACUUGUAGAUCUGGGAUUUUUUGUAUUCUCUAACUAGCCCAUCAACUUCCUACACACGUGAUUUACAAGAUUUAAGUCGGUCAGAAGUGGGUGAAAAAAAAACCAACCCCUGUUGUCUUCAGUGUAUAGUUGAUUUAUUUAAGCUUCGCUCAAAAAUUUUGCUUAUUUUCGAACAUCAUUGAUGUAGACGAUCCGAAUUAUAAAUAUGCUCAAAAUCGAUGAUAAUAUUAGUAAAAAUUGUUUAAAAGUAUCAUAACAACACAUUAUUCAUCUAUAUUCACAAUUGAACAUGUUUUUUCACAGACUGGAUAAAAACCAUCACAAUCAAAUAGAAAAUUCUGGGUAUUUUUGAGCUACUGCAAAAAGUAUCAAAUUCGGUGGCUCAUUAGGUUAUUUGUUAUUUUUAUAUCCAUCCCAUUGAUGAAAUUUGAAAAAUCACGUA